AAGAAUUGCUUUUAUAAAUUUAUAAUGUUCGAUAAAAUACAUAAUUCAAAUAAUAUUUUCCUGACAGAAAAACUAGUCUAAAAAUUUAUUUUUCAUUGGAUUAGAUAUUUUGUUAUUUUUGAAAAAAGAUUCAACGGGAAAGCAGAAAAUUAAAGAAAAUGAUGGAAGUUAAAAUUGACGAUAUCGUUAUGCCCGGUGAUAUUGUAAAGGAAAUUUUUCCGAGUAAAGGAAAAAUAAAAGUAAUGCUGGGUCCUGGACUUAAACGCGAUGGUGAAAAUGUAAUUGUCUGCAAAGCCGGUGUUUUAAAACGACGAGAUCCUUUCAUUUAUUAUGUCAAUAGUUAUGAAAAAAGAUACGUUCCAAAUCGAGGUGAAAGCGUAGUGGGAAUUGUAACACAAAAAGCCGGCGAUAUAUUUAAAGUCGACAUUGGAUCAAGUGAACAGGCUUCACUCUCGUAUUUAGCAUUCGAGGGUGCAUCAAAACGUAAUCGUCCCGAUGUUCAAAUAGGCGAUGUGAUUUACGGUAAAUUACUUGUCGCAAGUAAAGACAUGGAACCCGAACUCGUUUGUGUUGAUUCAUUUGGAAAAAAGGGAAAACUAGGUGUUUUAAGUGCCGAUGGAAUGUUAUUUUCAUGCUCAUUGAGUUUAGUGAGAAAAAUACUUAAUCCCACAUGUCCAUUAUUACACCUACUCGCCAAGGAACACAAAUAUGAACUUGCAAUUGGAAUGAAUGGAAAAAUAUGGUUAAAAGCCGGUCCAUCAGUCGAUGAGACAAUUGCCGUGGCAAAUGCAAUUCUCGCCGCUGAAUUUACAUCGACAAAUGAAAUGCCAGAAUUAUGCUCGAAAAUUGCGCAAAUUAUUUUUAAAACCAGGUGACAAUUUUCUUAAAAUUCGAUCUUUUUAAUAUUUUCUCUUUUCUCUAAUUUGUUGAAUUUUAAUUUUCGAAUUUUGCGCAAAUAAAAAUAUUUUUAAAUUAAAAACAUAUCCAAUUUGUUACUAAAAAAAUACAACUUAACAUUAAGGAAUGGUGAAGAAAAUUCAUUAAUUAUAUGAAUGACUUUUUUUUAUUUAUUGUACCAUUAUUUGUAAUGAUGAGUUAUUUUUUUGUUUUUCUUUCUUUUUUUUUGUAAAUAAACUUUGAAAGGAUGACACAGCGUGAUUAGUUAAUAGCGUUAGACAAUCUGUGGUUUUUUUUGUUUACAAUAAAAAACCUUAUAUAUAAUAUA